AUGGGAGUUGGACGUGAAGUCUCAAUCUCACUCGAUGGAGUAAGAGACAAGAACAUUAUGCAGCUCAAGAAGCUCAAUCUUGCUCUCUUCCCUGUUCGUUACAACGAUAAAUACUACUCCGACGCACUUGCUUCCGCUGAUUUCACCAAACUAGCUUACUACAGUGACAUUUGUGUUGGAGCAAUUGCUUGCCGGCUUGAGAAGAAGGAAGGUGGAUGCCAAGUUCGGGUUUACAUCAUGACUUUAGGUGUUUUAGCGCCUUACCGCGGACUUGGUAUUGGAACGAAGCUGCUGAAUCAUGUUCUUGAUCUUUGCUCCAAGCAGAACAUUUCCGAGGUUUACCUGCACGUGCAGACAAACAAUGAAGAAGCCAUUAACUUUUAUAAGAAGUUUGAGUUUGAAAUUACAGAAACUAUCCAGAACUAUUACACAAACAUCACACCACCAGAUUGCUAUGUUGUCACAAGGCACAUAACUGCUAGUCCAACAAAGAAAUAA